AUGGUGGGUAGUGCUGUGCUUGUGAAUGUGUUCUUCAGCAGUGUAGCCAGCCCUCUGCCUUGUGAGAUGACCCUGUCCUUCACAGACUGCUAUGUAUCAUUCCACUGUAGUGACUGCCAUGCUCACAGCCCUUGUUGUCAGCAAUGGCUGGCUUUGAAAUUUAUUAGUGGAGUAUGUGAGACUUUUACCCUGGGCUUUGUGCUUGAUGGGCCAGCUCUGUACCCUGACCUGUGCCUGCAGCCCAUAAUAGUCUUGGAGUCUGAGGAGAGAAGUGACUGGAGUGGUUAUAUAGAGGCUUUUAAUAUUUCCUUUUGUACAAUUCAACUUUUUUCUUCUUCUAGUCCAAGUGGUAAGAAGUUCAGAAGUAAACCGCAGCUGGCAAGGUACCUGGGAAAUGCCGUUGACCUCAGCAGUUUUGACUUCAGAACUGGCAAGAUGAUGCCUAGUAAAUUACAGAAGAACAAGCAGAGACUGCGGAAUGACCCUCUCAACCAGAACAAGGGUAAACCAGACUUGAACACGACAUUGCCAAUUAGACAAACUGCAUCAAUUUUCAAGCAACCAGUCACCAAAGUCACAAACCACCCCAAUAAUAAAGUAAAGUCAGACCCACAACGGAUGAACGAACAGCCACGUCAGCUUUUCUGGGAGAAGAGACUGCAAGGACUUAGUGCAUCGGAUGUAACAGAACAAAUUAUAAAAACCAUGGAGCUACCCAAAGGCCUUCAAGGAGUCGGUCCUGGGAGUAAUGAUGAGACCCUUCUAUCUGCUGUGGCCAGUGCUCUGCACACAAGCUCUGCACCAAUCACCGGACAAGUCUCUGCGGCUGUGGAAAAGAACCCUGCUGUCUGGCUUAACACAUCUCAACCCCUCUGCAAAGCUUUCAUUGUCACAGAUGAAGACAUUAGGAAACAGGAAGAGCGAGUCCAACAAGUACGAAAGAAAUUGGAAGAAGCACUGAUGGCAGACAUCCUGUCCCGGGCUGCUGACACAGAGGAGGUAGACAUUGAUAUGGACAGUGGAGAUGACGCUUAAGAAUAUGAUCAGGUAACUUUCAACUGAACUUCCCCAAGAGCAAAUUGCUAGAAAUGGAAUUAAAACAUUUCCACCGGGUUUCGCCUGUAAGAAAAAAGUGUACCUGAGCACAUAGAGCUUUUUAAUAGCACUAACCAAUGCCUUUCUAGAUGUAUUUUUGAUGUAUAUAUCUAUUGUUCCAAAUGACAUUUAUUUUGAGUCCUAGGACUUAAAAUUAGUCUUUUAUAAUAUCAAGCAGGACCCUUAAAAUGAAGUGGAGCUUCUGAUGCCAGGUGCAAUCUACUGGAAAUGUAGCACUUACAUGAGAUAUUUGUUUCCCCCACAGUUUUAAUAUAACAGAUCAGGAGUACCAAAUAAGUUUCCCAACUAAAGAUUAUUGUGACUUCUCUGUAUAUAAACAGAUUUUUAUACUUUAUUGAAAGAAGAUACCUGUACAUUCUUCCAUCAUCACUGUAAAGACAAAUAAAUGACUAUAUUCACAGACUGA